GAGAAUUGUUCCUUGUGAGUUAGUAGGCUAUUGUAGUUUGCAGCAGAGCAUACUCGUGCAGAAAUUGCCUUCCUAUAUACCUUGCUGGGCACAAUCCAUCUCAGAGAUGGGAAGAGUACAUCACCUACCAACCGUUACCUCGUUAGACCUCUGUCAACCUUGAUUCGCCCCCCAAUGCAAGAAAGACGGUGGCCCAUCAAUUGCCGUCGGUAACUUCGGUCCGAAUUUCUGCUCGACGACCGCGCUCCAAGUCCGAGUGUCUAGCCGACCUUUAUAAAGAACGUCACUAUCAAAACGCAAGUCUAAUCCCAUUACUGUCUACUUUUUACCCGCAAAGACCUGUCGAAUCAUCUAGCCAUAAUGUCUGCCAACCCCCCUCAGCCAGUGAAUGUCACCACCGAUUCAUCCGUGAAAGCCGACCGGGAGGCAGUCUACCUUCCUCCUUCCGACCUGGCCUUGAAAUAUAACAAGGGCCUCCAGUGCUCACUCGCAGUACAGCCUCAUCCUAGUGCUGGCCAAGCUGGCUCCACUAAGAUCAAGAAGAUCGAAACCUUCUACGUGCGUCCGAGGUGGCUCUUUGUCCGAAUUGAAACGGAAGGAGGUGUCGUUGGAUGGGGUGAAGGAACUCUGGAAGGUCACACUGAAGCCGUACAAGGUAGUAUGAAAGACAUUGCCAGAAGAUUAAUCGGCUGGGAUGCUAUGAACAUUGAGGAAAUUUACACCUACCUUUACCGACAUCGAUUCUACCGAGGUGGCGAAGUCCUUAUGUCUGCCAUGAGUGGUGUGGAUAUCGCUCUUUGGGAUAUCAAGGGCAAGGUCCUCGGCGUCCCCGUCUGGGAACUGCUCGGCGGCAAGGUUCGAGAGAGAUGUGAUGUUUACGGCUGGGUUGGUGGUGACCGACCCUCUGAUGUUGCAGAACAGGCCAAGGCCAGGAAAGAACAGGGGUUCCGCUUUGUCAAGAUGAAUGCAACCGAAUCAAUUGGCUGGCUCGAUUCCCCCCAUGCUCUCGAUGAUACUGUAAAGAGACUGGCAGAAGUGAAGGCAGUUGGUAUUGACGCUGGACUUGAUUUCCAUGGUCGAGUCCAUAAAGGCAUGGCAAAGCAGCUUGCUGCUGGCCUCGAGCCCCACAGACCUUUCUUCAUUGAAGAGCCUCUUUUGCCAGGGCAUGUCAACGAGCUUAAAGACUUGUACAACAAGACUAACAUUCCCAUUGCUCUCGGAGAGCGACUUUUUACUCGUCUUGAUGUCCGACCAUACCUUGAAUCUGGCUGUAUCGACCUCAUCCAGCCCGACAUUGCUCAUGCUGGUGGUAUUUCUGAAACAAAAAAGAUUGCUAUCAUGGCCGAAGCAUACGAUGUUGGUCUUGCUCCUCAUUGUCCUCUCGGUCCCUUGGCCUUCGCCGCCUCUCUUCAUGUCGGUUUCUCAACGCCUAACUUCGUCAUUUGCGAAAUGAGCUUGAAGAUGCACUACAACGUGGGCAAGGACCUCUUGUCCUACAUGCUCAACCCUGAAGUCUUCGACAUCGAGAAUGGUUCUAUCGGGCUGCUUACUGCUCCUGGUUUGGGCAUUGAACUCAACGAAGAUAUGAUUAGGAAGGAGGCAGCUGAAGCGGCUGAGCUCGAACCGUGGAUUAAUCCUCUUUUCCGAGGAGAAGAUGGUGCGAUGCGAGAGUGGUAAGAGAUUGAUUGAUUGAUCAUAGACUAUUUGAGGCCGUAAGGUAAACUAUAAAAUCCUUUUGAACACGAGAGGCGUCAUUGUAGUUAUGCCAUGUAUCUGAUAAUUCUU